AUGAAUUCUGGUAUUCUGUAAGAGAAUUAUCCACUUGGUUUAUCAUGUAGCCUCGAAAUACGUAAAAUUAUUCAGGGUAUAAAUAAUGUACUAUGAAUGGUAUAUUGCACACUUGAGUUGGAGCUUGUAAUGGACACUUUCCCACGAUAUUUACCGUGGAAAUCGGAGAAAAUGAUAAGAAUCUAUCCGGUCCCACACGUAUUCUUAAUAACUAGAUAAAAGGAUGAUUGCUGGACAUUUAUACUGUAAAGGGACUACCAUGAAGUUCAUAAUCGCGUUCUUAUGUCUCAUCAGUUGCAUUCUUGCUGAAUGUGCGAGACAAGAUAUCAAGAUUGCCGGUGGUAAACCUGCAGUUGCAGUUGGCAGACUCCGUACCUAAACGACGUGGGCCUCAUUCACCUCUCGACCCCUGCAAUUCUUGACUCCUACACAAAUCUGCCUCCCUUGCCAACUAGUCCUGCUCCUCUCACGGGUCCAUGCUGGGAGGCAGGUUGGGGCGCUACAGCCGAAAGUGCGCCAGGCUCAGAUAAGUUACUGUGGGCGGAAAUUGACCUCCUAGCCUCGACUCACUGCGAGGCGGCGUACAACACUGCCCCUGAUCCAAAUGCCGUAUGUGCCGGGAAUGUUGCUGGUGGAGCCGGCGCUUGCGUGGGAGACAAUGGAGGCGGGCUAAUGUGUCUGGACGGCGAUGGUUAUGUUAUAGUGGGUGGUAUUAUGUCCUGGCGAGAGGGGUGUGCUCAGCCAGGCAAACCAGCCGUGUAUAUGGAUAUUUAUAAGUACAGCGAUUGGAUCAUUGGUACGAUCCAGUCCCCAGGAAAAUAAACGAAUCUUUUACAGCAGUCGAAUAUAUUUUUUCGUCUGCUCAUGUUAUAUGAUGGUGCCUCCUCGAGUUUAAAUCAAAAAUGUUCACCUCUAUCCAUUCAGAUUCUAUCAUGUAUUCCUUACUCUUAAAAAUGCAUUACCCUUUUACAUAGUAUUUAGACAAGUGUCAAUAACGUAAUGCAAACUUUAAUAAACAUACAAGUACUAUAAACA